GGAAAUUUGAUCAAAAUGGCUGGAAGAAAGUCAUCAAGGACGGCUGAACGUGUCCCCACUACACAAAAGCCAGAAAGAAAAUCUGCUAUUUUAUCUCCACAUGACGAACUGCGUGAACGUCUUCUGGAGACUGCAAUUGAUAUGAAGGAAAAUAUUCCACAACGAAAUACCCGAAAUUCGAGCGUUGGAAGUCAGAAAUCAGAUUGUUCUGAGACAAGAAAACGACGAAGUACUAAGGAAGGUCCAGCUGCAAAACGUCAUUCGGGCGAGAAGCAUCGAAAUGGUAGCCGCGAAGAUUCUUUGGAGUAUAUUAGUGAAUAUUCAGAUGAUCGUGAAGUUGGAUCUUCAUCAUCACAAUCAUCAAGAACCCGUGGACAACCACUUCCAGCUAUGCCUGAGGAAGAAGAAGUGUUUGAUAAAUCAUCUUCAUCUGAUAAUCUUGCCGAAUCUGAAGAAAGUCAUGAGAUGGUCCGAUUGGAAGAGAGACAGGAUAUUGAAGAAGAAAUUGAGGAUGAUUUUGAUGAUGAAGAGGAGGAUGUUGUUAACGAUAAAGAGGAGUACGAAGAAAUUGAAUCUGAAGAUGAAGAUGAUUAUCCUGUCCAAAACGAAGGAUUUGCCGUUACAAAACGGCUCAUGAACGACGAACAUAUGGUUACGGCUCCAACGUUUCUCAGCACAGCAAAAUGCGAUGGAAUAGGAUCACCAACAAAAGUUUGGUCUCUUAUGGUCAAACGAGACGAAAUUCCACGUGCUACACGAUUCUUGCUUGGAAAUCAUCCGGAUAUGGAUGAUGAAAAGCGACGUAUUUUAAUUGAUUGGAUGAUGGAAGUGUGUGAAUCAGAAAAAUUGCACCGAGAAACAUUUCAUUUGGCUGUUGAUUAUGUUGAUAGAUAUUUAGAGUCAUCAAAUGUUGAAUGUUCAACGGAUAAUUUUCAAUUGGUCGGGACGGCUGCUCUAUUUAUAGCUGCUAAAUACGAGGAAAUUUAUCCACCUAAGUGCAUCGAUUUUGCUCAUCUCACCGAUAGUGCAUUCACCUGUGAUAAUAUUCGAACUAUGGAAGUUCUUAUCGUCAAGUAUAUUGGGUGGAGUCUUGGGCCAAUCACAAGUAUUCAAUGGCUCUCAACAUAUCUUCAAUUACUCGGAACCGGCAAAAAGAACAAGUCUGAUCACUACGAAGAGCAAAACAUGUACGUGCCAGAAUUACUCCGUUCAGAAUAUCUUGAAAUGUGUAAAAUUCUCGAUUUUCUGCUAUUUGAGAUCGACUCAUUUACUUUCUCCUAUCGUACCAUCGCUGCUGCUGUUCUUUUUGUCAACUAUGAGCCAACUUGUGCUGUUGAGAAGGCUACCGGAUUUAUGCAGGCUCAACUUGAAAAAGUUAUUGAAUAUGUUGAACCGGUGUGCCGGGCGUUCGCCAAACAACGACAACUUCUUGACGAUGUUAUUCCAAAACAUGAAUCAAUAAAAUCGGAUGAUUCACACAAUAUUCAAGUAUACGUUAAAAGGAGUUCAAUGGAACCUAUUGUGAAAAGCGAACGAGAGAGGAUUCAGCAUUUAAAAGCUCGCCGUCUUCAUCCGCAACGACUUUUCUAAAAUAACCCGCAAUAGGAUUCUUUUAUCAUCGAAAUUUCUGUAGAUUACUUACUUCAAAUAAUCAUGCACACAGGUUGUCCCCGUUAAUUCUUUCCUUCAAUCUCUUUCUCUCUUUCACCUAGUCUGUGCCAUUUCAAUAUGAUUGCACCCCGGAAAAUAUCAAAAACUUCACUUAACAAGUGAUCCCAUAUUACAAAAAUAUUCAAAUUCCGAAAAUCGAAAGAUGCAUUUCCGUUUUAUUUUACCGAAUUUUGAUGUUUUUGUAAUGUGUUUAAACCCCUUUUACAAUUAACUUAUUAAUGUUUUGUUUUACUCAUCUCACUUCCCCUUCUUACUUUGUGCUUAUUUUAUGUUUUAGGUUUUUUUAUUGUAUCAUAAAACUGGAAAUUUUGAAAUAGGCUUCUUUCUCCCUAAACUUUUUUAACAGGUACUGUAACUGGUACAUAUCCUCUGCCCCACCCCGCUCCCAACUCGUCUUUGUCUGUUUGUUUAUACGAAAUACAAUUUUUAACGAGU